CGACCUUCACUAAACACUUUGUGGGUUAAAAGAAAAUCUGCUAUUUUUAACUCAAAGCAUCGAUUUUUCUUACAUAAAGAAAUAGAGAAGGCUUAAAAAGAUUACUUGAAAGGAAUUGAGCUCUUUUGUACAUCCAUAUGGCGUUUGAUGCAAAGAAAUCGUUUGGCUCUUUACAAACUUCUGCAAAUCGUGCACAGCAAAAAUUAAACUCUAAAUUACCUGCCGAAUUUGCAAGAGAUGGUCCUAUGUACGAUACAAGGGCCGUAUAUGGAAGUGGUCCACGUUUAAGUAUCCGUCAUGUCGACGUUUCAACUCUGCCACCACCUCCCAAACACUUUUCCCAACUGCAUCCUAAUGCAUCGAGUCCAAGCAGUUCAGCGAAAGCUGCGGCCUCCCCAUCUAAGCCAUCCUUUUUGGCUCAAUCUCCUAGCUUAACCAGCCCUUCUCCUCCUACCUCUGUCUUAAACAGCCCUUCUUCUCCUACACGAUCCACCUCUCGCGCUCCUCCUCCUCCUCCUCCUGUGCGCUCACCACUAACUUCUUCUACUUUUGCAGGAGAAGAAUCAUCUUCCCUCCCUCCCCCUCCUUAUACUUCUGCUAGUUCUAUCCCACCUUCUUCAGCACCUAAAGCUCCCCCUUUACCUACUCCUACAAAAACCAAUUCUCCAGCACCACCUCCUCGACGCACAUUAUUAACACCUGGGGUGAACACCAUUCCUCCACAACCUGUUCCCCAGCCUUCUGUUUCGAAACCCCCAAAAAAGGCUCCUCCGCCAGCUCCCCCCAAACCUAGACGUUUGAUUUCUCGUGACAGUACACCUUCUGCAGGUGCUAUUCCUGUCCCUCCACCAAUUCAAAGAAACACACGUCCAUCUCUAUAAACCCGUUAUAGCCGGUUCUUUCGUUUCCUUUUACUGUACAAUGUAUACACGAUCCAUGAAAGGAAAAAUACAAAACAUAUCGCUAAACCAAAUCGAGAAAAACAUCAGUUAUGAGAAGGAUGUGAUUAUGGUUUCUUAGAAUUUUUCCUUCUUUUUUAUGGUAAUGACUCAAUUUUCUCUAAGAGGUUGCAAUGUCUUUGAAUUUUUGUCUACAUGUUGGAUAUUUGUUUACUUUACGAUUAUAGCUGAAUACUUUGGGAAUUUCGUAAAUCUUGGCUCACCUUGACUCUAUGAUGAUGAAAUUUUUAGUCCGAUGUUUUCUUAAUUUUCUGUAGUUAUUCGUAUAUUGUUACAUGUUUGUUUCUUUUUAUUUUCCACCAAAUAAUUUAAUUCAUAUAACGUUUACUCCC